GGUUAGUAGUGUCGCAAGGAGUGAUUGUAUGUGUUGCUUCGCGUGGGUGGUUAUCCUUUACGAUAACCCGAAGAAAAGCACCUCACACUGAACAAAAAAAAAGGCCACAAUGGUGGUCACUGCUAAAAGCGCACUAAAUACUCGGUGAACCAUUGGCAAACUGAGGCGACCUGCAGUGUAAGUGGAGCGUUGAACUGCAUGAAAAUGCAAUCAAAACCUACCUUCAAAAGAUGGACAAACCCGAAAAAAACAGAACAAAUGGCAACAUUCGACUGUUGGUGGUAUUGGUGGUUUUAUUUUAGCCGGUGAUGAUGACGCAAUCGGCAUUAGGUCGGGCGCAUUUCUCGCACUGCUAACGAUCGCACGGCCAGGUUGGGCGAAGGGAUUGGGCGGUGCGUGUGUCAUACGUGUUUCGCUGGUAGGCACGGGUUGCCCCGUUGAGCCUUAACCGUGAACGAGGCCGAUUUGAAUUGUGGCGGGUCGGUUUGGGGCUUAUAGAGGCGAUUUGGCGCACUCAUUAGGCUUGCUUUAGCACCAACUUGGUUUGUGGCGGUCUGAACGUGUCGAACAAUGUACGCAGACGUAUAUAAAGUACGGGCGGGCUACCGGUAAAGACAUCAGUUAGUUGCGAUCUGUUCAGUGGUAAGCUACACCAAGUGUUACAAGCUCCAUUUUAGCUCACACCGGCACACAAACAAUCGACGUUCAACGAUGAAGACGUUUAUUGUGCUUUCGAUUGCGGUGGCAAUGGUGGCCGGAGCAGCGAUCGAGUCGGGUGAGAAAACGAUCGAGAAGCGUGGUCUGAGUGAGAUCGAAAGCCGAUCGGAUCAUCACCAUGUGAAGCAUGUUACCAUUACGAAGAAGGUCCCGGUGCCAUACCCGGUCGAGGUGGAGAAACAUGUGCCCGUUCCGGUGAAGAUCCCGUACCCGGUGCACGUGGAGAAGAAGGUCCCGGUCAUCAUUGAGAAGAAGGUUCCGGUUUACGUUGAGAAGAAGGUGCCAGUCCACGUUGAUCGUCCCGUGCCGGUGGAGGUGAAGGUUCCGUAUGAGGUGCCGGUUGUGCACAAGGAGUACGUUGAGGUGCCAAAGCCAUACCCAGUGCAUGUGGAGAAACCGUACCCAGUGUACGUGAAGAAGCCAGUCUACAUCGAGAAGGCAGUCCCGGUCAGUGUGCACAUCAAGAAAGUGAAGAAGCAUCAUCACUGAGAGCGGGUCUGAGGAACCGAUUGGGAUGACACCGUUUUUUGGUGUAAAGCGAUCGGUAGUUGUUGUGAUGUGAAGGCGAAAAGAAAUAAAUCUCGGUGCAUGACAAAGCACCAAAUAGUCAAACACGGCUCAAGCGUUGUGAAA